AUGUCGGCGUCCCAACAACCAAGCAGACCAUACUUCCACAACGGUCAAGCGCUCUCAGCCCCACCAGCCACAGUGCGCAUUCGCAGCUUCCUCGAUAACGCAUAUGUCUUUAUCGGCUUAUACGUAACCACUUUCUUCUCUUCUGCAUGUUGGUACCAUUCUUUGUUUGAUCCUGCUGCUGCAGCUGCGGCAUCGCCAUUCAACGCAAACAACCAGACUCCAGGCAAAAGGCCCGGCUGGGGCUUUGGAGGCAACAGCAGCAAUGGCGGCAGAGGAGGAGGACCCCCUCCCGGCGGCCGCAAAGUCGGCCGAGUUGAUGAUGUGAGAGGCCCCGAGUGUAAAUCCUGCAAGUGA